AUGAGUGAGGCGGGCGCCCCCAAGGCCACCGAGGGGACGGUGUCCCGGCUGCUGCACGUGGUGGAGAACGAGCUCCGGGCCGGCCGGGACAAAGGCGACCCCACGGAGAAGGGGCUUCGCAUCGUCCUGGAGGACGCCAUGCUCUGGAAGCGCUUCAAGGAGGCCACCAACGAGAUGAUCGUCACCAAGAACGGCAGACGGAUGUUCCCCGUCCUGAAGAUCAGUGUCACCGGGCUGGACCCCAACGCCAUGUACUCGCUGCUGCUGGACUUCGUGCCCACGGACGGCCACCGCUGGAAGUACGUGAACGGGGCGUGGGUGCCGGCCGGCAAGCCCGAGGCGUCCACCCACAGCUGCGUCUACAUCCACCCCGACUCCCCCAACUUCGGGGCGCACUGGAUGAAGGCCCCCAUUUCCUUCAGCAAGGUGAAGCUGACCAACAAGGUCAACGGCAGUGGCCAGAUCAUGCUGAAUUCCCUGCACAAAUACGAACCCCAGGUCCACGUGGUGCGCGUGGGGGGCGCCCACCGCAUGGUGAUGAAUUGCUCCUUCCCGGAAACCCAGUUCAUCGCCGUGACAGCCUAUCAGAACGAGGAGAUCACGGCACUCAAGAUCAAGUACAACCCCUUCGCCAAAGCCUUCCUGGAUGCCAAAGAGAGGAACCAUCUGAAAGAACUUCCGGAAAGUAUAUCAGAGAGUCAGCACAUGACGUACUCUCACUUGGGCGGCUGGAUCUUUUCCAACCCGGAAGGCGUGUGUGCAGCAGGAAGUGCCGGUUACCAGUACCCGGGCGGGCUCCCGCUAUCCCCACACAGCCACCACGGCUGCGAGCACCACCGCGGGCACCGCCACGUCCCCUACCCGCCGGCCUGUGCGCACAGGAGCCACGGCCCCGCAGUGAACCUGAUGGAAAGUUCCAGCACUAACCUGCAGGUGUUCUCGGGACCGGACGCCUGGACGCCCGUGCCCCCCGCACCGCCUGUGGGCCUUCUGUCUGCCCCGCACAGCAGCGCGGGGCCCGGCGCCUACCCCUGCCUGUGGACCCUGAGCAACGGCGGUGGUGGGGGCCCGCCCGGCCCCGAGACUCACGCCAGCCCGCCCGGCGCCCUCCUCCUGGGCGCCCCCCCGGUGGGCUCGCCGCUGUCCACGCAGGUGCCCGUCUCGGCCGGCCUGGACGUCCUGGGGGAGCCGUCGCUCACCAGCUUCGCCGUGUCCACGUGGACCACCGUGGCCUCGCACCCCUUCUCGGGCUGUGGCAGCAGAGCCCGGGUCUACACCGGCCCUGGGCACCCUGCGGGGGUCUUUGCACCGUUUGCAGAGGUGCCGCAGCGCCUCCUCCGGGAAGGCAACAGCCCUUCCCCGGGCCGCGGCUCCCAAGGACGCCCCGGCGAGGGCCCGGACAUCCUGAGCUGCCCUCCGCCGGGGACCAGCCAAGCCAACAGCGCCCCGACGUUCCCAGGGGUGCACGUGUUCGUGCCUGCGCGCAGCGCGCUCAUGCGCAAAUUCAGUCUUUUCUGCGUGCCCGGGAAAUGGCCCGGCGGGAUCGGGGUGGCGGGGAGAACCCCCUUUCCAUCCGGGCCCGAGCGGGCGGAGGUGGGCGCGGUGGGUGGCAGGCGCUGGAGGCGCCGCGAAUCCGCCAAACCCGGCACGGCCCCCGGUGACGUCAGCGGCGGCGCGCGUUGCUAG